GAUAGUGAUGUGUUCAAAUGAACCUAUGGACGACUACAUAGAUAGCUGUUUAGCGGACAGAUCGUCCCAUGUGGCUCGUAGGGGUCGAAUGAAGAGGGCAGAGACUUUUGACACAGAUUACUGUGAUUUGCUGAAGAAAGGUGGAUUUCAUGUGGUCCAAGAACCAGAGUCCCUCACAGAUCCCCUCCUUCAGCUGAUCUCUCUCCAGAAAGCCUUGGGAUCAUGGGAAAUGGACUCCUCAAUGGCUAAAGUGUUGAAGUCAGAUGACGAGUUGGCCAAACUGAUGCCAGUGGGGGCAGACAAGGCUGUGUGGGCUACAACUCUGGCUCUGAUUUGGCGCUAUGGUUUACGGCUGGAGGCCUGGGCUGAAUGGCAGUUUGUAGCCAUGAAGGCAGCGUCCUGGAUUCAAGCUCAGAAAGUGGACUGUGUGUCUCAGUGUGUGCAGGCUGGAAAUGCUCUGCUGGGAUGCCAGGUGCAGCAGAAGACCCUGGGGCUCUCAGGUGACCAUACCUGUCGUUCUGUAAAAUGUGUCAUUAAUUAAAUGUCACAUAAACACAUCGGACUCAUCACUGAUUCAGAUGACAAAUUGUAGUCAUGCCCAGAUAGUUUCCUGUUCUAUUUGUUCCCAAUAAUAAAAUGUUUGUUGUGCUUUCCUUGGUGUUAUUGACUCUGUUCUUAGUUUCUAAAUCUACUUGGCAAUUAAUAUGUACUUUGCCAGGGUCCUAACCCGGGAGCUCAAGAAUGUGGUGAUGUCCAUUUUCCAGGAAUACCAAGACCAAGUUGCCUAAAAGAUGGGCACACUGGGAAAAAGAAAUGCAGUCUACAACCCUAAAAGAUUCUUAAUCUGUCACAGUCAGUCUGUAUCACGGUGAAAGUGACUGGAAUCCAUUAUCAACACGAAAGGGCAGUACAUUUUAGAUAAUUUAAGGCUAGCUUACAUACAAAUCAACUGGAUGUCAGGAAAGUGUGUUGCUUUUAAGAUAACCUACGAUAACUAGAUGCGUCAUGCUUGCUUGGCUUGCCCAGCCUACCUGACACAAGGCUCUGUUUCUGCUAUGAUGUAAGCUAUAAUUUCAGGGUGUGUUCUCUCUGUCUGAAUGACUGUGUGUACAUGUGAGCACACCACUGACUCAGUGAGAGGACCUGUUAAUGGUUGAAGUUUCUGAGAUUUGUUUCAUGUUUCUGAAUAAUGAAACCUGAUGCAGGAUUCUUCAUGGUGAGACAUUGGUGAGAAGUUGAUUUGAUAUGUAUUUAUUUACGCUUUUGCGUGGGGUCAUUCUUCUAUAGAAGUUGUUUAACCCUAAGAUGCAUGUCCUUCAUAUGUGGUAGGAUAGGCAAACUCAGUGAACCACAAAUACAAGCUUUAAGCCCUAAUUGGUCUCUUUCCUGUCAGAAACAGCAUGUAGUCUAAAUCCUAUCAUUGUUUGAGACAACUGAAAUAACCCACUAAGUAUAGUUAAAUAUAAGACUGGACAUUUUCCUGAAACACAAAAAAAUAUGUAGGCAUAUUAAUUGUCACUGCUGUAAGUGGAUAAACUGGUGUGAUAAACUGGCUUUCAGACUCUUAUGAGAGUGUGUCAUUGUCUGUUUGUUUUUUUUUUCAUUUUGAAGGUUUGCGUAAACCUUGUCAUGAGUGAGUCAUCCUUAGAGCUGAACGUACCAGCAAUAGACAGUUAAAAUGGUUACAGACCAGCUCCCCGUACACCUCUCAUGCCAUGGACAGGACCAUUCAUGAAUGCAGAUGAAAUUGUAUACAUGAACCGUACUGUAAGUCAUUUUGGAUAAAAGUGUCCGACAGAUGUAUAUUUGUAAAAAAAAAAGAAUGUUGGCUUUUGCAUUUGAGUUUGUGGAGUCUGUGAUGCAUGUCUCUAUGAGUCACGCAAGGCUGUCAUAAUAAUCCUGUCCCUUCUUGUCAGUAUGCGGCAUAUGCAUAGCUAGGCUUGAAUUGUUCACUCAUGCUUCCUGUUUUUCAAGUUUGGUCUCUGAAAGAAGGUUACUACAGUAUAGAUACAAAUGGAAGAUGGUAGAAAUGAAACAGUGUUUUUUGUGUGUUUUCUGCCUUACCAUAUGGUCCCCCGGUUUCUUUGAAGAACACAUUAAUAAUUUUCUUUAUUAUCAAACCUCUGUGUUUGUAUAUAGGCUAAGCGGAGUUGGAAAUAAUUCCAUGUUUUAGUUCAAAAUACUAAUUUCCCAACUGGUUUUUAGUUUAGCAGUUCUUUAAAUCUAUUUUGGCCUCUGUAACACUGGAGGGCAGCAAAGAUGCUUAUAUCUCCGGAACAGGAGGAACUACUAAGUUUAUUUUGACACUAGUUUAUUCUUCUUUCUUAUUCUUCUUUCUGUUUGGAUCAUAGACGGGUGAAGAGUUGGUCUUGUGGGUAUAGGCUACAUAUAUGGGUGAUGAAAUUAAAAUUAAAUUCAAACAUUAAUACACAUAUGUUGGUGUAACGGUAGCCAGGGCUGACACAAAAUUAACCCUAAAUUAUUUUAUAUUGGACUGACCAUUCAUAUUUUUCUAAGAUAUUAAGUUUAGAAGUAGAGCUUAGUCAGCAUAAUUUUUGCAUUUUCAUAAUGUUGGCUAGAGGCAGCAUUUAACUUUUUUUUUAUAUAUUGUUUAUGCACAAAAACAUGUACCAUGUGUUAAACGUUAAAGCACUGGUAGUCGUAGCCUACGCUACCUAAUCAUAUGUCUCUCAACUGGCUCCGUUUGUAGGUCUCGUUCUACAGUUUACGGCUCUGUCCACAUGAAAAAAUAGCAUGCAAAAUAGCAUUGGUUGUAUGAGGCACCACAUUUACGCGAGUUAUCAUUGGGAUCCCUUUAUUUUACGUCUAGGGCGUGUCGUGUCGUUUUCAAAACCCCGCCUACAUCCA